AUGCCAAUAACUCUUCCUAGACUCAAAUGCAUUUCACUCUUAAAUUCUCUUCCCAAACAAACCUUAACAAACAACAACAUUAAACAAAUCCACGCCCAACUAAUCAUCAACAACCUCAAUUCCCCCAAACUCCUGUCCGAAUUAAUCAACCAUUACUCUUCCACUUCACCAAACCUUAACUUUCUCAAUUCCAUCUUUUACUACUUUCACACCCCACUUUUAUUCCUCUUCAACACUCUCAUUAAAUGCACCCCCCUUAACCACUCUAUUCACUUUUUCAAAACCAAUUUCUCUAAACAACUCAUUCAUUUUGAUCACCACUCUUUCAAUUUCAUCCUUGGAGCUUGUGCUCGUUCCCCUUCAUAUCCAACGUUAAAAUUAGGAACAGAGCUACACUCAAUAAUCAUAAAACAAGGUUUUGGUUCCAAUGUUUUAGUUCCAACUACAUUGAUUCAUUUUUAUGCUAACAAUAGAGAUGUUAAGUCUGCACGUAAAGUGUUUGAUGAAAUGUCUGAGAGAACUGUUGUCACGUGGAAUGCUAUGAUUGCUGGUUAUUGUUCGGUAAAAGAUGAAAAUGGAAAAAACGCUGUGGAUGGGUUGUGUUUGUUUAAGGAAAUGUUGAUGGUUGGUGUGAGUGAAGUUAAACCGAAUGAUACUACUUUGGUUUGCUUGCUUUCCGCGGCUUCUCAGUUAGGUAUGAUGGAAAUUGGUGUUUGCAUACACGGGUUUGCGGUGAAGAUGUUGUGUAAGGUUGAAGAUGAUGUGUUUAUAGGGACCGGACUGGUUGAUAUGUAUUCAAAAUGCGGGUGUCUUGAGAGUGCUUUGUAUGUUUUCUGGCGGAUGAAAUUGAGGAAUGUUUUGACUUGGACUGCGAUGACUACUGGGCUAGCUAUUCAUGGGAGAGGGAAAGAGGCAUUGGAGAUUUUGUAUAAGAUGGGAGGUGAUGGCGUGAGGCCGAAUGAAACGACUUUUACGAGUUUGUUGUCAGCUUGUUGUCACGUAGGGCUUGUUGAAGAAGGGCUUCGGUUGUUUCGUGAUAUGGAACGAAAAUUUGGUGUGGUGCCUCAGAUACAACAUUAUGGUUGUGUUGUUGAUCUUCUUGGACGAAACGGAAACUUGAACGAGGCUUAUGAUUUUAUCAUGGCAAUGCCGAUUAGUCCGGACGCUCUGAUUUGGAGGAGCUUGCUCAGUGCUUGUAAGAUUCAUGGGGAUGUUGUGAUGGGAGAGAAAGUGGGGAGGUUUCUUCUAAAGUUUAAAGAGAAGAGUUAUGAAGAGUUGGCUCAUAAAAGUGAAGAUUUUGUUGCUUUGUCAAAUGUCUAUGCUUCAGCAGAAAGAUGGAAUGAUGUUGAAGUUGUAAGGGAGAAAAUGAAGACUAAGGGUGUUUUUAAUAAGUCUGGUAUUAGCUCAGUUCAAACUUUAAGCACUUCAUAA